UUAAAAAAAAAAAAAAAAAAACCAGAGGGAGUAUAUUAUAAACUUUGUAAAGUUCCAAAGACACUAUUUAACUUUGCCGCUCUAAACUCGUAUUAACUCCCCAAAUUUUCAGGGUAAAUCAAAGAAGCCGAAGUUCUAAUAGCGCAAUCACUUAGUUGAUCUAUAAGAAGUUUCAUGGCUUCAAGUAGGCCCCGUGCCAGCAGUUUUUCUCGAAACAUAUCUAGUGCAGCUACAUCUCAGAUUCCUGGAGUUAAGCUUGGUCCAAAUGGCACAUCAUUUCUUUCAUCAGGCAUACCAGAUCUUGACCAGAUUUUGGGCGGUGGCUUUACCUUGGGAAGCCUAGUCAUGAUUAUGGAAGACCCUGAGGCACCUCAUCAUAUGCUUUUACUGAGAAAUUUCAUGUCUCAGGGCCUGAUUCACAAACAACCCCUACUUUAUGCUAGCCCAGAAAAAGAUCCCCGAGGCUUUCUUGGAACUUUGCCUAGUCCAAUGGCUUCUAAGGAGGAAAAGUCUCAUGAACGGCCAGCAGAACAGGACGCGAAUUUAAGAAUCGCUUGGCAAUAUAAGAAGUACUUUGGGGAACAAAAUUCGGAGGUCCAAAGAGGUGGGAAAGCUGAAUACUGCAAUGACUUUGACUUGCGAAAGCCCCUAGAAAGGCACUUCUAUAGUGGGCAGCGGGUUGAUUGCAUUAGUCUUCGAGAUUCUCCGAAUCUAGCCCCUCUACUUGAACGUUGUUCAACCUUCUCAGCUCAAAUAUCAAAAUCUGAUGGAAACAUCAUAUGUGCCGGUCGUAUUGCUAUUCAGUCACUAUGUUCACCUCAGUGCGACUUCUCUGACAAGGAUUGGGAUAUGCUAUCUUUUAUAAGAUCGUUAAAAGGUAUGGUUCGAUCUUCGGGUGCAGUUGCGGUCAUAUCCUUUCCACCCUCACUUGUCUCACUGACCUUUUUAAAGAGAUGGCAGCAUCUGGCUGAUACCUUGAUAUCUGUCAAAGCUAUUCCUGAUGAGGACAAGGAAUUGGCAAAACUCUUAACUGGUUACCAAGACAUGCUGGGCCUUCUGAGUGUACAUAAAGUUGCUCGCAUAAAUACACAGGUCCCUGCAAUUCUGGAAGCCACAACAUUCUCAAUGAAGCUGCGAAAACGAAGGGCAUUGGUUUUAGAAUGCCUUAAUCAAGCCCCAGUUGAUGGUUCAAGUGGAAGUUCGUAUGGUACUUCUGGUAGUUGUUCUGGAAGUUCUAAGACAGGGAACCUGGACUUCUAGAUGAUAUAUAAGCGUGUGGCUCCAACUUCUGACAACCUAAUUCAUGCUCCUGCAAAUGCUGGAUUUGCUGGUCUGUACUUGGGUCACAUCAAAGCUGGAUCUAGCAAAUAUUCUUAUGUUUCUGUUACACAGUCUGAACUUUGUCAGUGAAAGCCGUUCAAAAAGAGGAUUGCCAGGACCCGUAGUUCUUCUCACUGUAUUAUAGGUUCAUAGUGUUUUACAGUAGCAAGAUUUAGUUUACAAUUAUGACCUUGAUUCGCUAGGCUGUGCUGACCGAGUGCUUUGUGUUUAUCUGUACUACAAAUUUUUUAGGAAAUUGUAUUGAAGGAUAUGUCAUUAUAGUAACUUAUUUGAAGCAGUUUUCUUGA